CUGGGCUCUGCAGUCUCAGCUCUGUGCCAACCUCUCCCCCAGCCACACCAUGAAGCUGUGUGUGUCUGCUCUCUCUCUCCUCCUGGUCAUGGCUGCCUUCUGGGCUCCAGCGCUCUCAGCACCAAUGGGCUCUGACCCUCCCACUUCCUGCUGCUUUUCUUACACUGCUCAGAAGCUUCCUCGGAACUUUGUGACAGAUUACUAUGAGACCAGCAGCCUUUGCUCCAAGCCAGCAGUGGUAUUCCUCACCAGAAAAGGCAAGCAAGUCUGUGCGGACCCCAGCCAGCCCUGGGUCAAUGAGUAUGUGAAUGACCUGGAGCUGAACUGA